AUGCGCUGCAACACUCGUUUAUUCAAGUCUCCUCCCAUCAUCUCCUUCUGUCAUCAAACAAUAAGCAGCGUGAACCAGUGUCGAGUCUGGCAGCCUUACCCUGGGAGCAUGGCCUUUGCUCGCAAGCGUUCAAGAAACGGCGCUGAUGGUGAUGAAAGCAACGGAUUUGAUUCUCUAAAAUCCCUUUCGCGACCCAUCAGUCCACCACGCAAGAAGUUUCGUCGAUCAAAUAUACAGAAAUCGCCAUGGCAGCUCACCCGGAUUCGAGAUCUCCCAGACGAAGUAAACAAGGAUACCGUUUCGCUCCAAGACCUUCUUGGCGAUCCCCUGAUUCGCGAGUGCUGGCAGUUCAACUUUCUGCACGACAUCCCCUUUGUCAUGAAUGCCUUUGAUGAAAGCGUCAGGGACUCAAUUCGGUUGCAUGUAGUUCAUGGAUUCUGGAAGAGAAGCGACUUGAACAGAAUUCAUCUUUCGGAUGCCGCAAGCCGAUACCCCAACGUUGCUUUGCAUUGCGCACCCAUGCCGGAAAUGUUUGGGACACACCACUCCAAGAUGAUGAUUUUGUUUCGCGCCGACAACACGGCCCAAAUCAUAAUUCACACAGCAAACAUGAUCCCGAAAGACUGGACCAAUAUGACCAAUGCGGUGUGGAAAUCGCCAAAACUCCCGUUGUCAACGGUGCCGGAUAUUAUAUCCCAGGACGGACAAACACUUCCCGUUGGCAGCGGCCUAAGAUUCAAGGCGGAUCUGCUAUCAUAUUUGAUGAAAUAUGACUCCUACAAAGUCAUUUGUAAGCCACUAGCAGAUCACCUCGGCCACUUUGACUUUUCCAGCAUACGGGCAGCAUUCAUUGCCAGUGUUCCAGGGAAACAUGGCUUUCGCAAUGCUUCUCAGCCUGCUUGGGGCUGGGCCGGACUGCAGAGGUGUCUGCAGGGCGUACCCGUCGAACCAGGAGACUCAACAAUCGUCGUCCAAAUAUCCUCCAUUGCGACGCUUGGUGCCCAGAAUGAUUGGCUACAACGCACGCUCUUCGAUUCACUGGCUACAUCUCUCACUCCAACGAAUAGGCCGAGCUUCAAGGUUAUUUUCCCCACAGCAGACGAGAUCCGGAAUUCACUGGAUGGAUAUGCCUCGGGAAAUUCCAUCCAUACCAAGAUCCAAUCGGCACAACAUGUCAGCCAGCUAAGCUAUCUCCAUCCAAUGUUGCAUCACUGGGCCAAUGACAGUAAAGAUGGAGCAAAGCUUAUCUUAGAUGCACCUAUCCGGGGCGAUGGUGGGCGAAAUCGUGCUGCGCCACACAUCAAAACAUAUAUCCGGUUCAAUCGUAACACUGCAAUUGACUGGGCCAUGCUAACGUCGGCAAAUAUGUCGAAGCAAGCGUGGGGCGAGACCCUGAAGCCCAGUAGUACCGGGGAAUUUCGGAUCGCUUCCUGGGAGGUUGGCGUGCUGGUGUGGCCGGGCUUGUUCUGGAAAGAUGGGGUCAUGUUAAGCUCGUUCCAGUCAGAUACAGUGGACAUGUCUUCACAGGCACAGAGACCCAUCGUGAGCCUUCGGAUACCUUACAGCAUGCCUCUGCAGGCCUACGAGAGGCGCGAAGUGCCUUGGGCUGCAACCGCGGCCCACCCUGAGCCUGAUCGGAAGGGCGUCAUGUGGACAUACCCGAGCAGCAAUGCUAAUGGCAAUGCUUAG